GACGCCUGCGCUUAGGCUGGAGCAGCCUCUGGCUACCAUGUUGUUAUUGUAACUGAUCCCCAUUGUAACCCUCAAAAAGCUGCAUUCAACACAUCUGAACAUUCGCCCUUAAUUACAGCUAAGAAUUCUGUUCAAAUCUCUAUAAUAUUACGCGUCACUGUGGCAUCUUUUUCGAAGCGAGACAGCUGCAAGUGUUAAGCUCUGUAAGAAAAAUGAGCCAAACGCCAGAGACUCCAGUUGAGGCUCCUGCUGCAGGGACAGAAGCACUUCCUGUUCAAACUGAAAGCAAGCAGCCAGCAGGGGGAAAGAAACAAAAUAAAAAGAAAGUGGAGGAGGUGGUAGAGGAAGAGGAAGAGGAGUAUGUUGUGGAGAAGGUCCUGGAUAGACGUAUUGUGAAGGGAAGAAUAGAGUAUCUCCUAAAGUGGAAAGGCUUUUCAGAUGAUGACAACACAUGGGAGCCUGAAGAAAAUUUAGACUGCCCGGAUCUCAUCGCAGAAUACCUGCAGUCCCAGAGAAGUGCUAAUGAAUUAGGUGGCAAGCGGCGUGCCGACACAGACGGUGAUGGAAAGGAGAGCCAGCCUAAAAAACGCAAGGAUGAGCCAGAGAAACUCAGAGGCUUUGCUCGUGGGUUGGAUCCCGAGAGGAUCAUUGGUGCUACAGAUUCAAGCGGAGAACUUAUGUUCCUCAUGAAAUGGAAGAACUCUGAUGAAGCAGACCUUGUUCCAGCCAAGGAGGCGAAUGUGAAGUGUCCACAAGUUGUCAUUUCUUUCUAUGAGGAGCGCCUUACCUGGCACUCUUACCCCACUGAUGAAGAGGAGAAGAAGGAUGAGAAAAACUAGGCAAACUAUUGGGCACUAUUGGGAAUAUUUACGGUUGUCAUCAUCUGAAGUAAACGGCAGCAAAAGGCUUAUGAUUUUAGUAAAACGCCACUGAAACUCACACGCACCUCAGGCAAUUAAACAGUACCCGUAAUUUGCAUAGUCUCUGGUGUAUUUCACUCAUAGCACUGCUACUGUAGCUAAAUGUACUCAGUAGACUACUACUUUUUGUCAUCUUUACUGACAUUGUGUUCCAGACCAGACCCUGUGUAGAUUACAAUGCUGGCCAUUUCUUACCAGUUCACAAAAAGCUUUCUUUAAUAUAUUCCUUUACUUCCUUUACAUUGGACUGAUAAAAAUAUUGCUGCCUUAACUAGGAUUAUAUGGAAAAAAGAGCAUAACAUUUUAUACAUUUUUCAAAAAGCAAGCCAAGUAAAUGAAUCUUGAAAUGCCCUUGGAGAAGUACAUGUACAGUGGUGUGAGAAUUGACCAAGAUUCCCAUCUAAUGGUACUGAAAGUUCUUUAUUGAAAUUCACUCUAACCAGCAAACACAAAUCACUGUUCCGGUUAUUACUGUAGGUGCUACCACUGAAUAAGUCUCAAUCGUUUUGUCAACACUACACAAAUACACUCCUUAUUAAAUGUUUGGGGACAUCUUGGCUUUCAUUUUAACAGCCCUAAACACACCACAAAGCUGCAACGGAGAUAGGAGAGAAAGUAAAAUUAAUGAAAUACUCAGCGCAGUAACCUGGGAUUAAGAGACUUUAAACUGAGCUUGAGCAGUGGGAGAAAGAGUGGGAAGUUCAAGAAAGUUGUCCAGCUUCACAAACCUCUGGAAAGUCCUGCAAGACGCACAGCAGCAGAGCAUCUCGGUGGAAACAUCUUGUGAAGAAAACGUGUGCAGUGUGUAAAGCGGCUAAGAAAACGUUGUUAAAACGGACAUUAUGGCUCAACUGAUUUUAAAUUAUAGACAGAAGUGUUGUGUGAUGUUUUUGAAACGAACAGAGCCUUUAAUUGUGACCUAUUAAUUAAAGUCAUUUCAUUUAUUUUAUUAUGAAAAGCUAGAUGCCCCCAAACCAUUGACAAGUGUGUUUGCACAUUGAGCUUCAUUAUGUUUAUACUCAUGGUUUAUUACCAUACUGUAAAUCGAGUGUAGUGUCCAUGUUCAAGAGUUCAAGUCAAAUGACCUGAUUAUGUUCUCUGAUUCAUGAAUGUUUUUAUUUUUACACUAAAUCAUCUUUGUCGGUUUAAUAAAAGUAGGAUUGAUGUAAUAGUUCUUGUGUUAAACCAUUACUGGAAGUGAUUUGCAUGUAUGAUACACACUACAACCUGUAGCAUACGUAAAAGAGUCUAAAAAUGACUUUUUUCCUCCUCGCAAAGUUAUUUCUGUAGAAUAUUUUGGCCUUGACUUUCUCAAUUAAACUAUUCAUUUGAGCAUCAA